AUGAGGAUCACUCUUCCGGUGUUCGGAGGCGGUGAUGGAGGGGAGCCCCGCAGCCUCCGCAGCAAAGUGGGCCGGAUGGGCAGGAUGAGGAAGCUGCUGUCGCUCAGGACCAAUCCCUGUGUGGACGUGCACAUGGACUCUGAGCCUGGUGUGUGGCUGAGGAGCUUCCAGUUGAUAGACACUGAUGCACAGUAUGAGGACCCGGUGCAGGAGUGGGGGGAGGAGGAGGAGGACGGGGCCUUGUUUGGCAUCACGCUCCGCAGGGAGCCCGUCCAGCCCAAUUCCGAAAUGGCCGAGCUGGCCACGGCCUUCAGCUUUGUCCAGUACCACACGGUGAAGGUGCGCCGGCUGAAGGCCGCCACCCUGGAGCGUCUGGUCACCCACCUGCUGGACCGUGACCACCAGGAGCCCGACUUCACCCGUGUGUUCCUCUCCACCUACAGGGCCUUCACCUCCACCAGCACCCUCAUCGAGCUGCUGUUUCAGAGAGACGACUCAAUCGCCAACCUGGAUAACACUGUCUGCCCUCGCAGUACCUUACCCCCAGUGAUUCGGCUGUGGCUGGAGGACUACAGUGAAGACUUCCAUGAACCCCCCAAGUACCAGGCCCUCAGGCUGCUUUGUGGGCUCUUGAAGCAUCGCCUCUGCUUCAGACGUGUGGCUCAGACUGCUGAGAGCCUGCUCAAGAGGCUCCAGGAACAAGAUUGCAACCGGUCUGCGUCACAUCACGGUGGUAAAUCAUUGCAGCAGGAUCCGGGGGACGAGGAGGACGGAGGUGACAUGUCCGCUAAGGAGGAGGACAAACACAGCUUUAUGGACUUCCCUGUUACAGAAGUAUCGGAGCAGCUGACCCGACUGGACGCUGAUCUGUUUGUCAGAGUGGUGCCCUUCCACUGCCUGGGCUGCGUCUGGUCCCAGCGUGACAAGAAAGAAAGCCGAAACCUGGCGCCCACCGUCCGCGCCACCAUCUUCCAGUUCAACGCCAUCACCAACCGUGUCAUCACCUCACUCCUCUGUCCGUCCUCGCCCAGCCCUCCCACUUCCUCUCCCAUCUCAUCGCCCAUCUCCUCCUCUCCCUUCCUGUACCCCUCCACGGCCCCGAGCUCACCUCGCUGCGGGCACGCCAGCCCCGCCCACAGAGCACGCAUCAUCGAGAGGUGGAUCACUGUUGCACAGGAGUGUAGAGAGUUGAAGAACUUCUCCUCUUUGAGAGCGAUCCUGUCGGCGCUGCAGUCCAACGCUGUGUAUCGCCUCAAGAAGACCUGGGCGGCCGUCAGCAGGGAGAGCACGGCCACCUUCGAUCACCUGUGUGACACUUUUCCUGAUGAAAACUGUGUGUUGACCACCAGAGAGAUCCUUGUGGAGGAUGACAGCCCCUCAGAUAGCAGCGUCACCACGGGCUCUAGACCGCGGCUCUGCCCAACGUCCAAACAGAUGAACCUGAGCAGUGGAAUUGUGCCGUACCUGGGCACGUAUCUGACCGUCCUCACCAUGCUGGACACAGCACUGACUGACACAGUGGAGGGUGGACUCGUCAACUUUGAGAAACGCAGACGAGAGUUUGAGAUUAUCUCCCAGAUCCGACAGCUUCAGGCUUCCUGUUCCCACUACAGCCUCCCGGUGAACCCUCGUAUCACAGCCUGGCUGCAGGCGCACACCCUGCUCACAGACCAGGAGAGCUAUGAGCUGUCCCGUGACCUGGAGCCUCCAGUUGACCCGUGUCCCAACUCCCCCAACUCCUGGAGCAGUCGUCUGAUCACGAAGAAGCUCGCCACGUUGCGAUCGGUCAGUGACAGCUCCCUCAGGAAGACCCAUGCUGAUCAGAUCAGUGUGUCGUCCUCUGGCUCCAGCAGUUCAGACAUGGAGGAGCUCUCGGCCCCUCAACCUUCGCCACUCAGACUCAAACUCAAGUCUCUGUCCGGUUCUCUUCUCGACGUAGCCGAGGACUUCUCCUCCUCUCCGAGCCUCUCCACCUCCUCCUGCAGCUCCUCUCAUCCGGACCUCAGCUCCUCCUCUCUGGCGCUGAGCCCCGAGUCGUCGUCAUCAUCCAGCUGCUCGUCUCAGGCCUCACUGCCCGUCUACAACAAGCAGGUCGCUGACUCGUGCAUCAUCAGGGUCAGUGUGGAGUCUGUCAGCAAUGGAAACGUCUACAAGAGCAUACUGCUGACCAGUCAGGACCACACUCCUCAUGUGAUCCAGAGAGCGAUUGAAAAACACAACAUGGAGGACGUCAGCUGCCACGACUUCAGCCUCUGCCAGAUGCUCAACAACGGAAAAGAGCUCCUGAUCCCCGACAAGGCCAAUGUCUUCUACGCCAUGUGCACCAGUGCCAACUACGACUUUGUCCUGCGCCAGCACUGGAGGAGCCACGGGAGACAUGCUGCCUCUUCUCUCAGCCCCGGAGCUCCGGCCAAGGGUCGCCACGCCAAGUGAUGAGCUACUGCGGGUUUGAAAUGCAACUGGGAGACGGACAAGGU